GUACUUCAGUGUGUGCACAGCGGCCGGCCGGCGUGCAUAGUUGUUAAUGGUGGUGUUGUGUUCUUGGAAUCAAGCGCUUUUUGCGCAAAAUCGUUCUCUGUUGUGUUUAUUUUUAUCGAUGUUCAUGCGAAGCAAGAACUAAAUUUGACGAUCAGACGACAUUGCUUUUGUGUUUCAAAUUGCGUCGGGCCUCAGGGCCCGCAGCUCUUGUUUUCGUUCAGAUCAACUCCGGGAAGCAUGCAAUCAUGGAGCUUGCAGACUUAUCCCAGAGACGAAUCGGCUGCAAUGUCUGCACGGGUGUUACCCUUCGAUGGCAGCUUGUCUCGCGUAAUAAUCAUCACAAAUCGUUAUACGACAAAAAUAUUUUUCCGUCCAUGGUUUCAAUGAUCUUUGCAUCAACUUCAUUAUGUAGGUGACACAUAGUGCCAACACAGUGCUGAGAGUAUGAAUUUCUGUCGAAUAAAACAUAGGUGCAGUAGGCGUUGACAAUUACAAAUUUGAUGAGAAUUAAGAGUACGAAGGUGUGUAUACGAGCAUGUAUUGGAAGAAACCCAAUGAUACAAAGAAGAAAUAUGUAAAAGUAGAGAUGAAGAAACAAUAAAGAUUUAGACGAAGUAAAAUAGAAAAAGUACAAACAGCGACAGAUACGCAAAACUGGCGACCCAAGCACGUGACAGCGGCUCCCGUGGGUCUCGGACCCGCUGCCGAGCCAAUGGUGGGUCACUUUCUAGCCGGGGCAGCACUACAGAGAUGCAAUGCGGUUUAUGUGCCGUCGUUGCUGGCCUGUUUCGUCGAGCUAUGUGUAUUGCCGGCAGUCGACGCGGCUCUGGAGAAUCCUGUUAUCAAGAGCUGGCCACAGAUAUGCAGGAGCGACAACAUUCGCAGAUGGAAGACACAGAAAUUGAGCUCAUCAAAGCAAGUGAAAUCGUAACAAGAGUAAAAAACAUCGUUCAAGUGGAAGAGGGGCAAACUGGUGAUGUAGGAGUAGGCAGCGAAGAACAGAAUACGGCGUUUGUAUGUAUUUCUGAUAGCAAUUUAUUUCAUAAUUCUGGUGCGUCGACUACAUUAUUGGAAGUCCAUGAUGAAUCAUCUGCGACAGAAGCAUUCAGGCGUUUAUCGGACGCGGAACAAAUUUUGAUGGAGAAUCUAGAUAUCGAUCAAUACAGACCCAGACAUAUCGGUCGAUUUCUGACAAUGCACAGGAGACGGCGUAAGAAGCUUGUUACCAGAUCCUUGAUUCAGGAACCAGGUAUCUUGGACGACAUCUUCCACGGAUUAGUGCAGUGCGUGUUACAAAGAGCUGGAAACUGGAGGUUUAAUGCUUUCACGUUGGAAACUGUCACAGGUGGUCGUUCUUUACCAGUGUUAUGUGUUCAUCUCUUCCAUUGGUAUGGACUUUUCCAAUAUUUCAACUUGGAUGUUGUAACAGUGUGGAAGCUAUUCGCUUUUAUCGAGGAGGGUUAUCACAGUACAAAUCCUUACCACAACAGCAUACAUGCCACGGACGUCACUCAGGCAAUGCAUUGCUUCCUUCAAGAAAAAAAAAUUAAAACGUACCUCACGAAUUUAGAAAUUAUGGCUUCCUUGAUAGCGGCUGUAACGCAUGACUUAGAUCAUCCAGGUGUCAAUCAACCAUUUUUGGUCGCAACGAGUAAUCAUUUGGCAGCACUUUAUCAGAAUACUUCUGUUCUCGAAAAUCAUCACUGGAGAUCAGCUAUAGGAUGUCUUUUAGAAAGUGGUGUAUCGGCACAAUUACCUACUGACGUAAGACCAGAGCUUCAACGGCACAUCAGUUCAUUGAUCUUAGCGACAGAUAUUACAAGACAACAAGAAUUUCUCACAUGUUUUAGGGAUUAUCUGAACAACAAUUCACUUGAAAUGAAACAUGCAGAACAUCGUCACUUUAUUCUGCAAAUUGCUCUAAAAUGUGCAGAUAUUUCUAAUCCAUGUAGACCAUGGGAUAUAUCUAGAAAAUGGUCUUACAAAGUUUGUGAAGAAUUCUUCAGGCAGGGCGAUUACGAGCGUCGUUUAAAUCUUCCAGUAACACCAUUAUGCGAUCGACAUACCACUAGUAUCCCGAAAAUACAAGCUGGUUUUUUCAAACACGUCGUUACUCCUCUCUAUAUGGAAUGGCAUCGUUUCCUUGGCGAUGGUCUCAGUGUGUCUUUAAUGGAAUAUUUAAAAAAGAAUCAGAGAAAAUGGGAGGCAUUGAUCAAUCAAGAAACAUCUGACGAAAGAGAAACUGAGAUUUCUGAAGUGGUUGAACCCGAAGGCAUCAUUAGUUCGUGUGAAGAAACGGUCGUUGAUGAAGAUUCAAGUAGCAUCGAUCUGUUAAUACCGGCCACUUACUUGCAAACAGCACGAAUGCCGACAUUGCCAGGACGAGUUGGACUUGAUAGCAUUGGUAGACGUCACUCCGUUCCUCUAAGUGUGUCGAAAUCAUUGCAUUUGCCUAUAAACCAGACCAAUAGAAGAGAAAGUUUGCCAAGCGAGAAGGUUAAAGUAAAAGAUCCAUUUUGGAAAAUAGAAGAUCAAAGUUUAUUAGAUCCGAGCUCGUUGUCUCUACUGUCUUCCAAAAGUAAUAUGACUGAGUCACCAAAUAUUAGCGUUGUCGAGAGACCAGUCAGCGCAGAAAAUCUCUUACCAGAAACAAGUAUUGCCAGUAUUACCAGUAGCGCCGAGGCAUCAAAAUUAAACACAGUUCUGCAAUUGGAUAACCAAUAUAACUCGCAAACUAAACAACUUACACGACAACAGACUUUUCCUCCAUUGCAAUCACAUGUUAGAAUGAGAUACAUGUCUGCAACUGUAGAAAUGUCGCAGUGUUUCCCUCCGACUUUGAUGGAAGCUGACAAUUCCUCUAGUUGCUUGAAGGAAAAAUCAUGUUCAAGCAGUCGACACAGUUCACCAUCGCACAAUCUUACUUCAUGUCCUGAAAAACAAUCUAACAUAUCGAUUGCUCUUUCUAAAGAAUUACUGAUGAUGGAUACAUCUGUAAAAAAACAAGGUUCAACUUCACUUGAUAAAACAAGACAAAAACAUGCUAUUAAUUCAGCGCGUCGCCAUUCUAUGCAGACUGUUCGUACCGAUGAUUCUUUUUCUAAACAUAGGUGUAAAAGGCCUUCUUCCGCUCAAGAUCCAGAUUACACAGAGAUGUUUUAUGCUACAUUAACGGGUUCUCACAAUGACAAAAACAAAUGCAUUCCUGACAUGUGUAUUACGGAAUGUAAAUCGAAUUUAGAUUGUAAUAUUGAAGUUAAAUAUUGUGGUGCAAAAUUAACAGUUCAAGACUUGCAAACUACAUUAUUGUCCAAAAAAUUAGACCAAUAUACUUCAUCGGCUAAGAGCUCAUAUUCUGCACAAGAGCCGCGAAGAUAUUCAACUUCUAUCACAGAAUGUAAAACAUUAACGGUUGACCAUGCAGGUAGACGAUAUACCACAAUACCGGUGUCUUCUGAGCUUAACACUCAUAAAGUGUUCUUUAUUGGUAGUCCUCCUGAUUCGCCACCUCCUAAUCAUAGUGUGUCUUCAUCGAGUGACAGUAGUAAUGAGCCAAAAAGAAGUAUCGAUGAUUCGAAUAGAGAAGAUAGUGUUCUCACUGGUAAUAGAAAGGAAUUGGAUUAUAUGAAAGAAAAAAAAUUGAAAAUUACAAAGUUCAAUUCCGAUGUGCAAAUGAAGGAAAAUGUUGAUCCUCGUACAAAUGACGACUUCGCAAAAGCAUUAUCUCGUAGAGGCAAUCAGGGAUGGGCAAAAAGACGUGGAUCAGCCCCAGUUGAUCUUCUAUCGAGACUGCAUGAUAUUAUUUCAACGAGCACGGUUCCUGCCAAAGUUGAUCAUAGCUGUAGACGUGGAUCAGUACCGACUGAUAUUACUAAACAUCAAGGUGGGAAUUGUAACCGGUUAACUCUAGGAUAUCGAGGAGACAAUUUUUCGGAUCUACGAAGAGCUAGUCUUCCGCAAGAGAUUACAUUGGAAAAUCUUUUGGAAAAUGUUCUUACUUUAACUGGCGAGCGUGAAAACAUUUCAAUAAACAACAACAAUAAUAAUAAUAAUAACAGCAAUCGCAGCAACAAUAAUGGCAUUAGUAAAUUUGAUAGUACGAUAUCCGGAAUUCUUUCUCCGAGACGAGGAUCAAUACCAGCAGACAUAUCCGAAUUACGUCGCGACCUAUUUAAUAGAAAUAAUGUAAAUAACAAACCGCGAAAUCGUAAAAAGAUUUUAAAAAGACGGAGCAGUGGCGGCCCAGAACUGUUCAUCGGUGGAUCUAUCGACGGAAACGAUAAUGGAUCGACAUCAGCACCACGUAGGUCUAGCCUGUGGCGGUUUUAGUAUACUAGGUAAAAAAAGGACUGUCCACGCUACCAGCAAAACGUCGAAUUACGGCACAGUCUUUCCUGGAAUUACCAGCAGUAACUUCAGCGACGAGUAAUCACUAAUUUUUUAAAUUGUCAAUAUUUGAGACAUUUUUCUCAAUCAUAAAUAUAAACAAACGAAUAUUGUAAUAAUAUCUUUAAUUAUUUUAAAUACUGUUAUAAGGACGAUUAAUCAAUUUGUACUUGAAUCGCGCAAAUUUGGUUGAUGUUAAUAUGAUUGUGAUGCCCUAUAUGUUCUUGCGCUAGACAAAUCGAAAUUAGUUGAAAGAUUUUAAUUGUUAAUCGAAAUGUUGUAAAUUUAUGUUAUACCCAGAUAGCCAAAUGCUAUAAGUUUGUUGACAUGUUGCCAAAACCCUCGAAACAACUAAUUGUAACAAACUCGGAACAAGGUGAGUCAGCAUUACGUCUGCUAAGUUGAACUCGUAUGAAUUAUAAUUCCAAUAACGACAAAUUGUUUGCAAUCAGCAUCAUAAUGCUUAAGAUGUCAGCAUCAUAAUGCUUAAGAUGGAACGAUGAAUCAUUCAUUGCUAUCAUAUUGCUGAUAUGUUGCGGACAUCAUAACGUAUUAGAUAUUGCGGACCGCUUGUUCUUGAACUUUUGUCAAAUGAUUGCAUGUAUAAGUAGUCAUGUUGCUGCAUUCGGAAUGUAUUUAUUUCGAUGUUAGCAAAUGUACAGCAAAUACGUAACAAUAUAUGCAAUGCAUUAGUUCGCUCAAUAUGCAAUACCAUACUUGGCUAUCUGUGGGUAUAUGUAUAAAUACAUUAUUGAAUAUUGACAAGAAAUGUUAGAUCAAAUAAUUUAGCAAAGAACAAGAAAAAAAUACAAAAGGGAGAGAGAGAGAGAGGGAGAGAGAGAGAGAGAGCAAGAGCAAAAGCGAGAGCGAGAGAGAGAGAGAGAGAGGGAGGGUGGGAGAAAGGAUGAAGUGAGUAAAUAUACACAUCUUAAUAUAUAGGACAUAUCUUAGGAGUAAAUUUAACAUAGAAAAAUAAAAAACUCAGAAAUAAUU